CUUUGUAUUGUGUUUUUUUCUCUCUUAAUGAAAUGACAUGCAGCUCUCCUGCGUUGUUCGAGAAAAAAAAUUGUUUUAACAUUUGCUCAGUUGUAUUAUUACACUAUCUACUCAUGCUGAUCCCUUUUGGGUUAAUACUCGUAUUAAUGUUUCAUCUACGGGCAUAGAAAAAGACGCACAAGUGUGGAACUUCGCUCGCAUCCUGAAGGUAGCAUGAAUGUUGAUACUUUUGAAGAACAUUUUGGCGACAAAUAUCCUACUGGUGUCUGGGGUGAAUUCAAGAAAGAAAUUUAUUCUAACAUAUCUGACAGAGUUGUCGCACUUGCUUCGUUCCAUGAUAAAUCAAAGUUCUUUGCAUGCACGGGAAUUUUCAUUGACUCUUAUGGAUGUUCGAUUAUUCUAACCUCAGCGAGCUUGGUUAGGGACCCUGAUGGCGCUAAUGAGAUCGUGAGCAGCUUAAGGAUUGAGGUGUUGCUUCCAAACAACGAACGGACUGCAGGGAAAUUGGAGCAUUAUAGUUUCCAAUACAAUGUUGCUCUAGUCAGGGUCAAGAAUUACAAUGUUGAUGGUCGUGGGAAGCUGCCGAGACCUGAGUGGGUACGAUAUAAUCAAACGGUGGUAGCUGUGGGCCGUUGCUUUGAAUCAGGUUUAUUAAUGGCUGCAAGUGGGAAAUUCAUACCAUCCCACAAAGUGCCAGAUGAUGCGAAUUAUGCUCUUGGGUACACUACGUGUAAAACCACUAAGGCUGUGAUUGGAGGCCCCCUUGUUGAUUUGGAUGGAAAAUUUGUGGGCAUCAAUUACUAUGAUAUAGAAACAGGAACCCCGUACCUGUCUUUUUAUGAAAUCUGGGAAAUUUUGGAAGGAAUGUUGGAUGAUUUGAACACAAAAAAGGCGACGAUUGGUGGUCAUAAUGUGGGAUAUGACAUCGAACCACAACUCAU